AUGCUGACGAUACAAUUCGGCCAGUGCGGGAAUCAACUCGGACGCGACUUAUUCUCCAGGGUGUGCGCCGACCUCGAGAGCCCGAACACCGGCGUGUCUCAUGGGGCCAAUUACGAGUACGUGGAGAGCACCAUCGAGAAGUGGUUCGACGGAAUGACGGAACGCGGCCGGCAUCUGGCCAGGGCGAUUCUCGUCGACACCGAGGAGAAGGUGGUGAACGGGAUGUGGAAGGACCCCCAAGCUUCCUGGACCUAUCGAGCGAGCAACGUCGUCUGUCAAUCUGGUGGCGGUUGCGCCAACAAUUGGGCCUACGGCUAUAAGAUAAGCAGUCAACGACUUUCAGAUAGCAUGGUGAGUGUCACUCGACGAGAGAUUGAGAAAUUGGAUCGUUUCCAGGGAUUCCUCCUGCUCCUCAGCUCGGCCGGUGGCACGGGAUCCGGUGUUGGAAGUCGGAUGGUUGAGACUCUACGCGACGAGUACGAGACCAAGUCUAUAGUGGCUUCGAUUGUGUUGCCAUUCACCUUCGGCGAAGUCUCCACUCAGAAUUACAAUACUGUAUUGACUCUGGCGGAGUUUUCCGACAGAGCAGACUUUUCUGUGCUGUUCGAGAACCAGCAGAUGCACGCUAUGAGCACCAGUUUGUUGAAUAAUUCCAAUACCAUGUUAUGCGACAUGAACAAUAUCAUUUCUGAGAAUUUGCUCGCCGCCUUUCAACCUAGCGACGAAGCCAGAUGCAACAUGAAUUUCUUAACAUCCAAAGUAGCUGCGCAUCCCAAUUUUAGGUUUGUAACGAUCAAGAGUGCUCCACAUGUUCCCGCAACAUCUCUGCAAUAUGAACCCAAUUACAAGUGGAACGUGUACGUACGUCACUUGAAGCAGACUCUUCGAAUAUCGAAAUCGCAGGUGGAAUUGACAAAUGUUCAAUUAAAAGCGCCAAAUCCUUCACUGAGCAAAACAGUUGUGUCUCAUACGUACAGCCCUUGUGUAUCCAAUAUUCUUGUGACACGUGGCAAAUCUGUAGAGAAUGACGCUAUAAUGUUGGAAGAUCUGCAGAAAAGGCAUUUGUAUCCAGAGUGGAUUGCAUCAACAGAGUCGUUGACUCACUUACACCAGGAACGCAAGUUCUUAAAUAGAGACAAGUUUUUAGCAUUGAUCACCAACAAUUCAGAGAUACAUCGGCCAUUGGACACGUAUCUAGACAAAGCAUGGAAUUCUUAUAAAUUCGCAGCCUUCUUACAUCAAUAUAAACAGUUUGGCUUGGAGGAAGACGAUUUCUUGGAAGCUUUUACAAAAGUUGAGAACAUAGUGCAGGAAUAUAAAAGCUUGAAGAGUGGAAAUUAAGUUUUUUAUGUGAUUAUUGUGUGCAUGAAAAACUGACAUUUUUUAUUAAUUUGACAUGUUUGUAACUUUGACUCAAACAAGAAAACAAAUCUGUGUUGUUUUUCAGUUACGACUUGA